AUGGAUUCGCCGCUCCCCAAAGCACUGCAGAAAAGGCAAGUGACCGCCAUUGUUAUUCUAUUACUGUUGUGGGAGGCGGGCUGUGCAACGCUUAAAUAUUCUGUUCUAGAAGAGAGGGAGAGUGGGUCAUUUGUGACCAACCUAGCAAAGGAUCUGGGGCUGGGCUUAGGGGAGCUGGCUGCGCGCGGGGGCCAGGUUCUUUCCGAAGGGAACAAAGAGCAUUUGCAGCUCCAGCAGAAAAGUGGCAAUUUGCUCCUGAAAGAAAAAUUGGACCGAGAGGAGUUGUGCAGUGACACGGAUCCAUGUAUACUGCAUUUCCAAGUGUUACUGAAAAACCCGGUGCAGUUUUUUCAAGGAGAGCUGCAGCUCCAAGACAUAAAUGACCAUGCCCCAGAAUUCUUGGAAAGUGAAUUCCUGAAAAUUUCUGAAAACACGCAGCCAGGGACUGCAUUUCCCUUGAAAAUAGCUCAGGACUUGGACGUAGGCAGCAACACAGUUCAGAACUAUACGAUUAGCACCAACUCCCACUUCCACCUUUUCACUCGCACUCACAGUGACGGCCGGAAAUACCCAGAGCUAGUGCUCAACCAAGUGCUGGACCACGAAGAGCAGCCUGAGCUCAGGUUAACCCUCCUGGCAGUGGAUGGAGGCUCCCCUCCUAGGACAGGGACGUCCCAGGUUGUCAUCCAGGUCGUGGAUAUCAAUGACAAUGCUCCUGAAUUUACUCAGCUGCUCUAUGAGGCACGUGUCCCAGAAAACAGCCCCAUAGACUCUCUUGUUAUCACUGUCUCUGCUAGAGAUUUAGAUGCUGGCACCCAUGGGGAGCUCACCUACUCCCUUUUCCAUCCUUCCAAUCCAGUCAUGCAGGCUUUUGAAAUAAAUGCAGUCAUGGGAGAAAUUCGAUUAAAAAAACUUUUGGAUUUUGAGGAAAUUAAAUCUUACCGUGUGGAAAUCCAGGCCUCAGAUGGCGGAGGCCUAUCUGGAAAAUGCACAGUAACCAUAGAAGUGAUGGAUGUGAAUGACAACGCCCCUGAGCUGACCAUGUCAUUGCUCAUCAGUGAUGUCCCAGAAAACUCCCCUGAGACCGUGGUAGCUAUUUUUGGAAUUUCAGAUCCUGACUCGGGGGACAACGGAAAAAUGAAGUGUUCCAUCGAGGAUGGUCUCCCCUUCCUUCUGAAGAGUACCAUAGAGAAUUUCUACACCCUGGUAACACAGAAGCCACUGGACAGAGAGAGCAGAGCUGAGUGCAGGAUGGAUUCGCCGCUCCCCAAAGCACUGCAGAAAAGGCAAGUGACCGCCAUUGUUAUUCUAUUACUGUUGUGGGAGGCGGGCUGUGCAACGCUUAAAUAUUCUGUUCUAGAAGAGAGGGAGAGUGGGUCAUUUGUGACCAACCUAGCAAAGGAUCUGGGGCUGGGCUUAGGGGAGCUGGCUGCGCGCGGGGGCCAGGUUCUUUCCGAAGGGAACAAAGAGCAUUUGCAGCUCCAGCAGAAAAGUGGCAAUUUGCUCCUGAAAGAAAAAUUGGACCGAGAGGAGUUGUGCAGUGACACGGAUCCAUGUAUACUGCAUUUCCAAGUGUUACUGAAAAACCCGGUGCAGUUUUUUCAAGGAGAGCUGCAGCUCCAAGACAUAAAUGACCAUGCCCCAGAAUUCUUGGAAAGUGAAUUCCUGAAAAUUUCUGAAAACACGCAGCCAGGGACUGCAUUUCCCUUGAAAAUAGCUCAGGACUUGGACGUAGGCAGCAACACAGUUCAGAACUAUACGAUUAGCACCAACUCCCACUUCCACCUUUUCACUCGCACUCACAGUGACGGCCGGAAAUACCCAGAGCUAGUGCUCAACCAAGUGCUGGACCACGAAGAGCAGCCUGAGCUCAGGUUAACCCUCCUGGCAGUGGAUGGAGGCUCCCCUCCUAGGACAGGGACGUCCCAGGUUGUCAUCCAGGUCGUGGAUAUCAAUGACAAUGCUCCUGAAUUUACUCAGCUGCUCUAUGAGGCACGUGUCCCAGAAAACAGCCCCAUAGACUCUCUUGUUAUCACUGUCUCUGCUAGAGAUUUAGAUGCUGGCACCCAUGGGGAGCUCACCUACUCCCUUUUCCAUCCUUCCAAUCCAGUCAUGCAGGCUUUUGAAAUAAAUGCAGUCAUGGGAGAAAUUCGAUUAAAAAAACUUUUGGAUUUUGAGGAAAUUAAAUCUUACCGUGUGGAAAUCCAGGCCUCAGAUGGCGGAGGCCUAUCUGGAAAAUGCACAGUAACCAUAGAAGUGAUGGAUGUGAAUGACAACGCCCCUGAGCUGACCAUGUCAUUGCUCAUCAGUGAUGUCCCAGAAAACUCCCCUGAGACCGUGAUUGCUAUUUUCCGAAUUUCAGAUCCAGACUCAGGAAACAACGGAAAAAUGAAGUGUUCCAUCGAGGAUGGUCUCCCCUUCCUUCUGAAGAGUACCAUAGAGAAUUUCUACACCCUGGUAACACAGAAGCCACUGGACAGAGAGAGCAGAGCUGAGUACAACAUCACCAUCACCGUCAGUGACUUGGGCACCCCCAGGCUGAAAACCGAGCACAAGAUAACCGUGCUAGUCUCUGAUGUGAAUGACAACGCGCCCACUUUCUCCCAAGCCUCCUACACCCUGUUCAUCCGCGAGAACAACAGCCCCGCCCUGCACAUGGGCACCAUCAGCGCCACAGACAGAGACUCAGGAGCCAACGCCCAGGUCACCUACUCGCUGCUGCUGGCCCACGACCCGCACCUGGCCCUGGCCUCCCUGGUGUCCAUCAACGCGGACAAUGGCCACCUGUUCGCGGUGAGGUCGCUGGACUACGAGGCCCUGCGAGCCUUCGAGUUCCGCGUGGGCGCCACGGACGCGGGCUCCCCCGCGCUGAGCAGCGAGGCGCUGGUACGUGUGGUGGUCGUGGACGACAAUGACAACGCGCCCUUCGUGCUGUACCCCAUGCAGAACGGCUCUGCGCCCUGCACCGAGCUGGUGCCCAGGGCGGCCGAGGCGGGCUACCUGGUCACCAAGGUGGUGGCGGUGGACAGCGACUCUGGCCAGAACGCCUGGCUGUCCUACCAGCUGCUCAAGGCCACGGAGCCCGGGCUGUUCAGCGUGUGGGCGCACAAUGGCGAGGUGCGCAUGGCCAGGGUGCUGAGUGAGCGCGAGGCACCCAAGCACAGGCUCCUGGUGCUGGUCAAGGACAAUGGGGAGCCGCCCCUGUCUGUCACCGUCACGCUGCACGUGCUCCUGGUGGAUGGCUUCUCUCAGCCCUACCUGCCUCUGCCUGAGGUGGCCUCUGAGGAGCCCCACGCUGACUCCCUCACCGUCUACUUGGUCAUCGCUCUGGCCUCGGUCUCCUCGCUCUUCCUCUUCUCUGUGCUCCUGUUCGUCACCCUGCGGCUGUGCAGGAGGAGCGGAGUGACGUUAUCUGAUCGCUGCUCGAUGCCAGAAGGCCACUUUCCCAGCCAUUUGGUGGACAUCAGCGGCACAGGGACAGAGAACUACCAAUAUGAAGUUUGUUUGACAGGAGAGUCUGGGACCAGCGAGUUCAAGUUUCUUAAACCCUUAUUUCCCAACUUUUUGGUCAAGGAAACUGGUAUGGAUACUGAAGAUAAUGCCAAUUUUAGGAAUCAUUUGGGGUUAAAUUAG